AUGGCCACGAAACCACUGAUCUCAAGAGCCUGGGACUUCCAGCGGUUCCGCAAGUUGGGAGCUCAAUACCAAGAAUGGAUAAGCAAUCCAAAUUCAGAAGGAUGCAACGUUGCCCCUGCAACACUUACUAGGCAGCAGAUGCUUGCUUCGUCCCAGGACUCGGACUGCUGGGUGUUGGAAGAGGAAUUCUUUUCCUCUGCGCCGAUGGGAAGCCUAAAAGGCGGCGACCCUCUAUCGAUGUAUCUUGCCCCCGGAGAAGUGUAUCUCGAGACACACCUGACAAGAACAUCACAAAAGUCCGAACGAUGGCUUAAGAAUUCAUACCACCAUAUAAUGGGACCUGGAAUCAUAAUUGCCGCAAUUAUCUUUAGGAGAGAGGGCCCUCAUUGGAAUGAGAUCGCCAGGGCUCUCUAUGACGCGACUUUUGGAAUUCAUAGCCUAAAGCACAUUGUCUUCACUGACGUGACUAACAUGGAAACCGAAGGUUAUGUGUGUAAUGGUCUGUACCCCGGGCGCUACCUGCUCACUAACGAGCAAAUGAAAGGAUACCAGACACUUCAAUAUGGUAGCCCCGAGUACCAACAAAUGUUGGGUACAACUUUGGGCAAAGCCGUGGCUUGUCUCGCUCUCUCCUCCUUCCCCAGAGGUACUGUGCAUAUCUCUCGUGUUCUCACUUGGUGGUCUGAUUAUGGCUCUCUGACAAUUCGAUUUGAUAUUCAACCUCUUGCCAGUGAUAGAGCUGUGGACCUCUAA